AUGUCGAACACUGCGGACAUGUUGCAACGCCAAAUGGUGCUGCAAAGUGAAAUUUCAGCACGGUGCGAUCAAAAUAAAUUAGAGGAUGUUAAGGUGCUAUGGAGCGAAUUCCACAGCAACCAUGUAAACUUGGCAGGGAAAGUAGCACCGAAUCAUGAGUACUUCGCCAAAAAUGUGUACGAAAAAUUGCGGCAGAAAUGCGAAGCCGCACAUGGAAGAGCUGAGGAGCUCAAAAUGGAACGCGCAACCCAAGAAAUGGAAAUAGGAGCAAGAUCAAUGAACCCAACAGAUAAAAUAAUAGAUUGUAUAGAGAAUGCAAUUGAAAGAAGAUCGGAAAGAAUUCAAUCUACAAUUGCAGAUGCAAGGAUAAAUAUAAAUAAUAAAGACGAAACUGAAAUUGAAAGAUACGAAGAACGUCUCAAGAAUUUAUGGAGCUGCAUGGAGAAAGAUAUCGACGAAUUGUCGAUAAAGUACAAUAAGCCAUCUUAUAUGUACGAAUUUGAAGAUCUUUCCUUUGAAGUCAGCGAUACUUUGCGGUUAUUAAGAAAACAAAAGCAAAUCGACAUAAUAAAAACGGAAAAAUUGGAAUUACCAAAAAUAGAAUUGCCAAAAUUCUCAGGCGAAUUCCGAGAAUGGCAACCAUUUAAGGAGCUCUUCGAGGAGUAUGUCCAUAAUAAUAAGGACAUAAGUGACUCCAAAAAGAUGAGCUAUUUGAAAUCUUGUAUUCAAGGAGAUGCUAAAUUAAUGGUUAGUCACCUGAUAACGGGAUCAGGUGCAAAUUACAACACUGCUUGGGAGUUACUGAGACGCAGAUUUGAUAACACACGUAAACAAUUUAACGACAAUAUCGAGAGGCUGGUAGAAAUACCACAACUGACGGAUGAGUCAGCAUAUAAAAUGAAAAAAUUUUUAGAUGUAACAAAUGAAUGCAUCAGUAUAAUAAGGAGUAAAGGAUCAUUAGAGGAUGUUUUAGCACAGCUAGUGUUAAGAAAGUUUUCGAAACAAUUACUUCGAGAAUACGAAAAUACCGUUCGUAAGCCGACUGAUAUACAAGAUUUGUCAGAAGUAAUUUCAUUUCUGGAACAUUAG